AUGGCAGAAAGUGCUAGAGGAUUUAAUGAUGCUUUUCGUCGAUCUUUGCGUGGAGCUCCGAAAGAAUGUGCACUUUCGAAAGGCUAUCUAUCAGUACAAAAACAUCAGUGUUAUGCUUCUUUGGAGGCAGUUAUACGUUACUAUCUGAAUUCAAUCAAGACCCGAACAGAAGAAGCUCAGAAGGAGUCCAAAAGUGUUCUCAUGGACGUUGAAGAUUUGGAUAUCCUAGAAACUCCCGAAAGACUGAUUCUAGACUUGCUCCGAAGUAAUGCAAAACUGGAACAUCUUUAUCAUGAAAUAGCUAAUGAUGACUUGCUUCAGGUUCCCACUCGUCAAAGUCUCAUUCACGACAUCGUUCGACAUAAAGUGCCUUCGUUGGUACCACAAGAACUGGCUGAUUUGUACACCGUUCUAGAAGCAGAUUUUCAACCAAUGACACUAUGGGAACGUUCACAACCCGCUUUACGCAUUAUGGCCGCAUCACCGGAGCUGAGCGUAUAUAUACCUCAGCUCCAUGAAGUGUUGGUUUCUAAAGUGGUUCUUCAGCUAUCGCAAGUCUAUCGGACCAUUCGAUUAAACGAACUAGUCAAGUUGUGUCCUUUCAUGGAUCCAAUUUCGUUGGAACGCAGUGUUAUCGAGUUGAUUCAUAAUCUUGAGCUUCCUAUACGCAUCAAUCACAGGUUGCAAGCCCUGGUCUUUGACGAAUUCACUGAUCUGGGAAUAAGCCAGUGUGAUUACGGUGGACAGCUUGUCUCUCAGUCUACUCACGUGAAUGCGCCGGACCGAUUGUCUAGACAAUUGACUAUGUUCGCUCAGGUCAUGCAACAGAUAACGGAGAUGCUGGAGGGCAAUCAACAGUUGCCUGAUUAUCGUCGAGCUCUUGUCAGUGAGUAUCAGGCAUGUCGCCGUGAGCUUCAUAUGGAGCUGCUCAAUCGGCGCACCUAUAUCGAGGCGCGCAAGGAACAAGUUGAACACAUCCAAGGAGAACGUGACCAGAUCUACAUGGAAGAGGAAGCACGUCGACAAGCGGAACUGGAACGACGCAUGCAAAGCGAAGAGUUGAAUUUGCAGAAGGAAGCAGAGGAACGUGAACGUCGUAAGACUGAAGACGAGCAAGCGCGUAUUAGACGAAGAAUUGCUCUUGGUAAUUACAAUCUUCUUAUGGAGCACAAGAUUGGAAUCAAGUUGGAUUCGAAAGAUUUGACCGAAGAACAACUGGAUCAGUUCGAUGCAGACAAGAUUUUGGAGAAGAAGGCAUUGGAAGUCAAUAAAAAACGAAAAGAGUUGACGGAAAAAGCAAAGGCGAUGGCGAAGAAGUUGGAUUAUUAUACUCGUGCUUGCCGACUGGAAGAGCUACCUCUUUUAAUGGCAGCGGUUGAACCGGAAGCAGAGAAAUCACGUGAAGAGCACGAACGAAGCAUGCGAGAAAUUGAAGAACACUCCAAAGCUGAACACGAGAGACAGUUAGCCGAGAAAAACCGGUUAAUUCGAAUGAAGGCCGAUGUUCAGGUCAGUAUCUUGUUUUCAAAUCUUCCUAAUCAAUUCCCUUUUUCCACAUGCUUUACCGUUUUUGGGUAUAACUUUUAUCCGUUUAUGGCCUCCUAA